CUUUGAUCAAUGCGGAAUUCCCCUUCUUCUUUGUUAAAGGAAUUCAGCUUGCGCUGUUUCGAACUUAUGCAAUACCCACAAUCUCGUCCCUCUUAGAUAAGACAACGGUAUUGUCUUCAAAAUCUUCAGUACCACGCCGAUACUCAGAGACCUGGGCGCUCUUUGUUGAAUUUGCGUUGGCUGAUUGGGGUUCUGAGCGAUGGGUUCAGGCUAUGGGGCGGACAAGAGCCAUUAAUGCAGCUUACCGCAAGUCAGGCAAAGUCCGAGAAGAUGACAUGCUAUAUACACUUGCGGCUCUUGCAACUCAGCCUGUACGGCUGAUUAAUGCCUGGGAAUGGCGGAAUCUGACAGAUGCGGAACUUUGCGCCAUUGGGGUGCUCUAUCGAGCGUUGGCCGAAGCCUUUGACAUUGACUGGAAAAAACAAUUUGCCGACAUGGCCCAGAAGGAGAAAGCAAGCCAGGCGGUCUCUAUAUUCGGCAAAGUUUCCGUUGACUUGAAUAACACUGAUAGCACUUCUCCCUAUUCUGGGCUAACCUUUUUUCACUCCCUCUCUGCUUGGCAACAGCUAUACGAAAAUCAAGCAAUGAGACACAUGCCGGCAAAUCACUUCUUAGCAGCUACUGCCAUAGACCUCCUUCUUUGGGGAGUGCCAGGAGUUUAUCUCAAGCGAGUUACGACCAGGUUCCUCGUAGCCUUAAUGGAUGAUCAUCUUCGCAUUGCCGUUGGAUAUCCGGCACCUUCUGUUAUAUAUCGAAUAUGCGUGAAAACCAUUCUCACAAGUAGGAAACUCGCGCUACUAUAUCUAUCCCUUCCAAGGCCGGAUUUUUUAACUAUCCAACCGACUCGCGUCAUGGAUUCAAAGGUUUCUUAUCCACAAGACAAUUCUCCUGAUGGCGUUUUAAAGCAACAGAGCAGGACAAUCUUAACAUCGUAUGUUGCAGCGCCUUACUAUGUUAAGCCGACGAUCUGGAAUCGCUGGGGACCCGGUGCUUGGUGGUGGUGGUGUUUAGGACAUCCUCUUCCCGCCCAAAAUGACCAGCAUUUCAUACCCGAAGGCUAUCUUAUUCCUGAAAUUGGUCCACGACAGGGGAAAACCGCCACAGCUCAGGCGAGAGAAGAGCAGGCGGUAAGAGCCUUGCUAUACUACGAGAACAUCAACAAAGACUGAAUAGAGAUACUUGUCACACGGUAGUAUGCGCUAAGAUCAUGUUGGGAGUUACGCUAUCCAACAGUAGCGGUUAUAUUGAUGAGUGAUCAUGAGAAGUUAGGAAGAUAAGGUUUACAUAUAGCUAAAAGACUUAAGAUUGAUUUGCAGAAGGACCGUUAAAGCAUGAGUAUAACAUUAGAUGCAGGACCUCAUCUCCCUCGAACCCUUAAAAGGGGGGAGAUGAGAUGUCAGAUAAUAGA